AUGUCCGAAUCCGAAGGGUCCCUGCUCAUCGCCUGGCAGCUGAAGAACAAAAAUGUGCUCAUCGUCGGUGGCGGCGACGUCGCUUCCGGGCGCAUCGGGCACGUCCUCGGUGCUGGCGCACACAUCACCCUCGUCUCGCCCUCGUCCGGCCUGCACCCCCUCACCCUUCAAUACCUCUCUUCAUCAUCUUCAUCUUCCUCCUCCUCCUCCUCCGACGAACGAAUCACAUACCACGACAGGACAUUCGAGCCCUCCGAUCUAGAUGACGCAGAUAUGGUGCUUACUGCUAUUGAUGAUGUCGAGGUGUCGAGGAGUAUAGGCGAACAAUGUCGAGCGCGGAAGAUCCCCGUGAACGUAGCAGACGAUCCGCCCUUCUGCGAUUUUUAUUUCGGGUCGCAGAUCCGACAGGGACCCUUGCAGGUCAUGAUCUCCACCAACGGCCAAGGUCCCAAACUCGCGAAUAUCAUACGGAGGAAGAUCGAGGCGAGUAUCCCGGACGGCGCGGGGGAUGCGAUUCUUAAGGUGGGAAGGUUGAGGGAAAGGUUGAGGGAGCGGGCGCCGGGGGUGGGCGGCGAGCUGGGCAAGCGGAGGAUGAGGUGGAUGAUUGAGGUUUGUGAGACGUGGGAGAUGGAGGAGUUGGCGGGGUUGGAUGAGGGGGGGAUGGAGAGGCUGUUGGAGGAGGGGUGGGAGAGGGGCAUGGUGUUGACUCCUGAGGAAUUGGGGAUUAGAGAGCCGGCGAAUUCGAAGGCAUCCUGA